AUGACAACCACCACAACAAUCCCCUCCCACGAACGACCCGAGCCAGGCUCCCACAACAUCCCCCUAGGAAAAUUCCCCUCAACCAACACCACAACACCGACCGACCCCACCGCCAUCGCAGAAAGAAUAACAACAGCCCUAAACACAGCCCUCAAUACCAACCCCAACCCAGCCACUCUGCAAGCCCUCUUCCUAGAGAACAGCUACUGGCGCGACCACCUCGUCCUAUCAUGGGAUUUUCGCACCAUCCACGGAGCCCAAAAGAUCACCGAAUACGCCAACAAGGCUAAGGCUGGAUCUGGAUCUACUGGGCUAACAUUCGAAAUCGACACCUCCUCACCACUAAAAGCACCACACACCGGACCAAUCGAUGCCUUGGGCGAAGUUCACGGCAUUGAAUUCUUCAUCAAAGUUUCAUCCGCGAAUGGAGCUGGUCAUGGCGUGAUUCGGCUUGCGGAGGAGGAAGGUAGUGGCGAAUGGAAGAUUUUCACGAUUUUCACGUCCUUGAUUGAGAUCUCGGGUAAAGGGGAGGCGAAGGGUCGAUCGGAGGGUGUUAAGCAUGGCGAGUUGAAGGGGAGGAAGAAUUGGGCUGAUCGAAGGGUUGAGGAGAGCGAGUAUCUUUCUUCGAAUCCGGCUGUUCUUGUUGUUGGAGCCGGCCAAGCCGGUCUAACAAUAACCGCCCGACUAAAAAUGCUCGGCAUCGACACCCUAGUCAUCGAUCGCGAGGACUCGAUCGGCGACAGUUGGCGUAACAGAUACCACCAACUCGUCCUACACGACCCAGUCUGGUUCGACCACAUGCCAUACCUACCCUUCCCACCGCACUGGCCGAUUUUCACGCCGAAGGAUAAACUGGCCGAGUUCUUUGAGUCGUACGUUAAGCUUUUGGAACUUAAUGUCUGGACGCGCGCUGAGGUGAAGUCUUCCUCCUGGGACGAGGGGAAGAAAUUAUGGACUGUUAUUGUUGAGCGCAGGAAGGGUGAUGGCUCGGUUGAGAGUCGGACUUUGCACCCGGGACAUGUUGUUCAAGCGACGGGGCACUCUGGGGAGAAGAAUUUGCCUGUUUUUAAGGGCGCUGAUGGGUUUAAGGGGGAUCGGAUUUGUCAUAGUUCUGACUGGCCUGGUGCGCGGGAUGGAGCGGUGGGAAAGAAGGCUAUUGUUGUGGGCGCUUGUAAUAGUGCGCAUGAUAUUGUUCAAGAUUACUGCGAGAAGGGGUAUGAUGUUACGAUGGUUCAGCGGAGUUCUACGUGUGUUGUUUCGUCUGAUUCGAUUGUGAAUAUUGGGUUGAAGGGUCUUUAUGAAGAAGGUGGGCCACCGACUGAAGACGCGGAUCUUUAUCUGUGGAGUAUUCCCCCUCCGCUAUUCAAAUUGCAACAGACCAAGGUUACGCAAGCGAUGAAUGCGAAUGAUGCGAAGACUAUCGAGGGUCUUGAGAAAGCUGGGUUCAAGGUUGACCGGGGUCCCAUGGAUGCGGGGUUAUUGGUGAAGUAUCUCCAGCGUGGCGGGGGGGAGAUCAGCGAGGUGUUGCCUAAUGGGCUUCGGUUUGGGGAUGGGUCGGAGUUGCAGGCUGAUGAGAUUGUUUUUGCCACUGGGUAUCAGAAUAUGCGUACGCAGGCGAGGGCGAUCUUUGGCGAUGAGGUCGCUGAUCGGGUCGGUGAUGUUUGGGGCUGGGAUGAGGAGGGUGAGAUGCGCACUAUUUGGCGGGGUACUGGCCACCCGGGAUUUUGGUUUAUGGGAGGUAACCUUGCGCUGUGUCGGUACUAUUCCCGACUGCUGGCGUUGCAGAUCCAGGCAACAAUCGAGGGAUUGAAUUAA